AGGCUCUGCAUGAUCUUGAAGGUGUUGGCUCUUGCAGCAGCAGUUACUGUGCUCAGUGUAUAUGGAGUCCAUGAUGUUGCUUUGGCAGUCGUCAUGAGCCCUGCAACUGUUUCCCAGGCAUGGGAUGUCUACAGGGGUGAGAACAAAGGCAGAGAGGAAGCGACGCAAGAACUUACAUUUGUAGAGCAGCCAGAAUCCUCCAAAGUCUCUGUCUUGCAGCCUACAGCCUGUGACAUCCCUCCAGACAGGCGCUUUGAUUGUGCCCCAGAAAAGCUGAUCUCUCAAGAAGAAUGUCAGGCUCGGGGCUGCUGUUACGUCCCUGUCUCUUGCCUGGAUUCUGCCAAUGGGAAGCCAUGGUGCUUUUUCCCUCUCAGCUACCCUAGUUACAGGAUGAAGAAUCUGACUGCUACUGAAACUGGCUAUACUGCCCAGUUGACCCGUGAUGCACCCACCUUUUUCCCAGAUAAUAUUAUGAACUUGCAACUGGAUGUGAUGUUUGAGACAGAGGGUAGGCUGCGCUUCUCACUUAAAGAUCCAGCCAACAAGCGCUUUGAAGUCCCUUUGGAAACUCCCCAGAUAAGCAUCAAGGCAUCCUCAACUCUCUACUCUGUUCAGUUCUCUGCUGAUCCCUUUGGCCUUGUUGUUGUUCGGAAAUCCAGUGGGCAAGUACUACUCAAUACCACAGUGGCUCCCUUGUUCUAUGCUGACCAGUUCCUGCAGAUCUCGACCUCCCUGCCAUCAGGUUUCAUCUCUGGACUGGGCGAGCAUUUGACUUCACUCAUCCUUAAUGUCAGUUGGACCAAAGUCACCCUCUGGAAUCGGGACAUGCCACCUGCGCCCUCUGCAAACCUAUACGGCUCGCACCCUUUCUACCUGGUGCUGGAAGAGGGUGGUUUGGCCCAUGGAGUCUUUUUGCUGAACAGCAAUGCCAUGGAUGUGAUACUGCAGCCCAGUCCAGCCAUAACAUGGAGAACAACUGGGGGCAUCCUGGAUUUCUAUAUCUUCCUGGGCCCAGAUCCAAAGAGUGUGGUGAGCCAGUAUCUGGAUGUCAUUGGGUACCCCCUCAUGCCCCCAUAUUGGGCUCUGGGAUUCCAUCUCUGUCGCUGGGGAUACAUCUCCACUGCCGUUACCAAGGAAGUGGUCAAGAACAUGACAGCAGCACAGUUUCCCCUGGAUGUACAGUGGAACGACUUGGAUUAUACUGAUGCAAGGAGAGAUUUUACCUUUGAUAAGGAUCGGUUCCGAGAUAUGCCAGACAUGGUGCGUGAUUUCCACCAUGACGGUCGGAGGUAUGUCAUGAUUGUGGAUCCUGGUAUCAGCAGUUCCAGCCCCCCUGGCAGUUACAAACCCUAUGAUGAAGGCCUGAAACAAGGUGUCUUCAUCUUAAAUGCAACAGGGCAGCCUCUGAUGGGGAAGGUUUGGCCCGGCCCCACUGCCUUCCCUGACUUCACCAACCCACAGGCCCAGCAGUGGUGGUAUGACAUGGUGAAGGAUUUCCAUGACCAAGUGCCCUUUGAUGGCAUGUGGAUUGACAUGAAUGAGCCAUCCAAUUUUGUGGAAGGUUCCUUGGAUGGCUGUCCCAACAACAAAUUUGAGAACCCCCCUUAUGUACCAGGUGUUCUGGGAAGAUCGCUGAAGACACACACAAUCUGUGCUUCCAGUAAACAAUAUCUGUCCUCCCACUACAACCUGCACAAUCUGUAUGGGCUGACAGAGGCCAUUGCUUCACAUGAUGCUUUAGUGAGAGUGCGAGGGAAACGCCCAUUUGUGAUUUCCCGUUCCACCUUUGCAAGCCAUGGUCGCUAUGCUGGCCACUGGACUGGGGAUAUUGCAAGCACCUGGGAACAUUUAUACUACACCAUACCAGCUGUGCUGCUGUUUAAUCUCUAUGGCGUGCCAUUGGUUGGGGCUGAUGUCUGUGGCUUUGUGGGCGACACUUCAGAAGAGCUGUGUGUGCGCUGGACCCAACUAGGUGCCUUCUAUCCCUUCAUGCGAAACCACAAUGAUCAUGGAAACAGGCCCCAGGAGCCAUACAUCUUCAGUCAAGGCGCCCAGAAGGCCAUGAGAAAAGCCCUUCUCCUGCGCUACUCGCUGCUUCCCUACCUCUACACUCUCUUCCACAAGGCCCACUCUGCAGGGGACACUGUUGCUCGCCCUCUUUAUCUGGAGUUCCCAGAAGACCCCAAUACAUGGGACAUUGACCGGCAGCUCAUGUGGGGAGCAGCACUUCUCAUCACCCCUGUCCUGGAAGCAGGGAAGACAAAAGUCAGCGGCUACUUCCCUUUGGGCACUUGGUACAACACAAUAGCUGGAUCCACCAUUCACAGCAAAGGGCAGUGGAUUCUUUUACCAGCUCCACUUGACACAAUCAAUGUCCACAUACGUGCAGGAUACAUCCUGCCGCUGCAGGAGCCUGCCUUAACAACCACAGAGUCCCGCACAAAGGGGAUGACCCUCGUGGUGGCUCUGACACCAGAAGGGGUGGCGAGAGGUGACCUGUUCUGGGAUGAUGGAGAAGGACUGCUGACUUUUGAGAAGGGCGACUACACACAGAUCCUCUUUCUGGCAAGAAAUGGCAUGCUGGUUAAUGAGAUUGUGAGGCUCAACGGCCAAGUCGAUGGGCUGUUGCUGCAGGAAGUGACUGUGCUGGGUGUUCCCAGCCCUCCUCAUCAUGUCCUGGCAAAUGGCAUUCCUGUUGCAGACUUCUCUUACCGCUUAGACUCUAAGAUCCUUAACAUCUCCCUUUCUCUGCUGAUGAGGGAGCAAUUUGUCAUCACCUGGUCUUGACCCUAGAAGGAAUGCUCAUCAGUUUUGCAGAACCACAGCAAGGAAUGGAAAACUAGUGAUGAAUGCUCAUGAUGUCCUGAUGAUUUAGCUAAGAAUGCUUCCUUUAGAAAAAGAACUGUGUCUUUUGAAGAAAGAAGAGGCCCCUCAAAUUUUCAUUUAAGGAAGAUGCUUGACCUAUUGCUCUGAAUAAGACUGAGCUGUUCUAUCAUGACACUGUUUUCUUGUGCCAUUCUUGUAAUGUUCUCACUUUUCCGGGGGAGAAAAAUCAUGGAAAAGGAAGAGGGCUGCUGUUCUGGUGUGACAAGGGCUCCCCCAAUGGUACUCCCAGGUCUAAGAUUAAGCCUACACAGGUGCAGAAACAGAAGGAAGUCCUCUUGACGGGCUCCGUAUCAGUUGCUAUGCUCCAUUCCUUUAGGAAUCAAGGGCCAGUCUCCCAUUGGCUAGAACAAUCCCAGACUGAGCUCUGAAGCAUUAAGGGAAAUGGAAGCAACACUGUCUUGGAACAGGAGUAGAAAUGCUCAGGGAAGAACUGCAAUAUUUCAAAAUGGUCAAAUCAUGCAUUUCACAGCCAUUUUUUUUUCUUUUCAUGUAAUAAGUGCAGCGGGGGCAGCUAAACGUGAGAUGCUGAUCGUGCCAAAUAUUCCUGUUUUCAGAAACAGGCUUCAGGGUGGAAGCAGGAUAUCUGCUGCAAGAGCAAUUCUUACCAACAACAUAAAGCCACCUCCUCUUAGGAUAGAUACAAGGUGAAAAGAGACACUUGCAGUGAGAACUUAGGGAGGGCAGGGCCUUUGAAACUUGCAAUGUGUUCUCUGUACUGAUCAGA